CCCUUCCCAUCCUGCUCCUCCUCCCCCUCCCCAAGGCCCUGCCGCCGCAGGCCUCUCGGCCUUCCGGUCGCAUAUUACACUCAGUCCAGCCGCGGAGCUCUAGCUGCAGGCCCAGCCCUCGCCCGCGGCUCCAGUGGACACGGGCAGCUCCAGUGGCGUCCGCACGACCCCGCAGGCCUCCUGGUGGCGCGAGGGUGCGAGGAAGGCCCGAAACCUGGCCCCGGGAGCCGCGCCACCGCCCCAGACUAGGUAGGGCCGGAGGGGCGGGUGGGGCCGGGGCCCUGGCCCCCGAGGCCUCGCGAGAGGGGCGGGGCCGCGCGGUGGGCGGGGGCGGGCCUGAGGGAGGCCGCGCGGACCCGGGAGCUGCAGUAAGCGUAUGUUUGCUGGGUGUGGGCUAAUGGUUACGGGCGCUAGCAGGCUCCGUGCGGCCCACGCGCGCUGUCGCGCCCAAAGAGUGGGCGCCGCACUGGCCUUCCCGUGGGGGCAGCCUGUACAUUGUGAUUGCGCCUUUCCCGGUGCCGGACGAGUUAGAAAUAGACCUUGGGGAAGAUGGAAGGGGAGAAGCGGCCGGCGCCUUACGAGGGCCUGUUUGCGGACGGGCACCUGGUCCUGUGGACGCUGUGCUCGGUGCUGCUGCCCGUGUUCAUCACCUUCUGGUGCAGCCUCCAGCGGUCGCGCCGGCAGCUGCACCGCAGGGACAUCUUCCGCAAGAGCAAGCAUGGGUGGCGCGACACGGACCUGUUCAGCCAUCCCACCUACUGCUGCGUAUGCGCGCAGCACAUCCUGCAGGGCGCCUUCUGCGACUGCUGCGGGCUGCGCGUGGACGAGGGCUGCCUCAAGAAGGCCGACAAGCGCUUUCACUGCAAGGAGAUCAUGCUCAAGAAUGACAGCAAGGCCCUGGACGCCAUGCACCACCACUGGAUCCGGGGCAACGUGCCCCUGUGCAGUUACUGUGUGGUUUGCAAGCAGCAAUGCGGCAGUCAACCCAAGCUCUGCGAUUACAGGUGCAUUUGGUGUCAGAAAACAGUACAUGAUGAGUGUAUGAAAAAUAGCUUAAAGAAUGAACAGUGUGAUUUUGGAGAAUUCAAAAACCUCAUCAUUCCACCAAGUUAUUUAACCUCCAUUAAUCAGAUGCGUAAAGACAAAAAAACAGAUUAUGCAAUGCUAGCAUCUAAGCUUGGAAAGCAGUGGACUCCAUUAAUAAUCCUGGCCAACUCUCGUAGUGGAACUAAUAUGGGAGAAGGACUGCUGGGAGAAUUCAGGAUCCUCCUCAAUCCCGUACAGGUUUUUGAUGUUACUAAAACUCCCCCUGUCAAAGCCCUGCAACUUUGUACCCUUCUUCCCUAUUACUCAGCUCGAGUCCUUGUUUGUGGAGGGGAUGGGACUGUGGGCUGGGUCCUGGAUGCAGUUGAUGAAAUGAAGAUUAAGGGACAAGAGAAAUACAUUCCGCAAGUUGCAGUCUUGCCUCUGGGAACAGGCAACGAUCUGUCUAAUACCUUGGGUUGGGGUACAGGCUAUGCGGGAGAAAUCCCAGUUGCACAAGUCUUAAGAAACGUGAUGGAAGCAGAUGGAGUUAAACUAGAUAGAUGGAAAGUUCAAGUAACAAAUAAAGGAUACUACAACUUAAGAAAACUCAAGGAAUUCACAAUGAACAACUAUUUUUCUGUUGGACCUGAUGCUCUUAUGGCCCUCAAUUUUCACGCUCAUCGUGAGAAGGCACCAUCUCUGUUUUCUAGCAGAAUUCUUAAUAAGGCUGUUUACUUAUUUUAUGGAACCAAAGAUUGUUUAGUGCAAGAAUGUAAAGAUUUGAAUAAAAAAGUUGAGCUAGAGCUGGAUGGUGAGCGAGUAGAACUGCCGAAUUUGGAAGGUAUUAUCGUUCUGAACAUUGGCUACUGGGGCGGUGGCUGCAGACUGUGGGAAGGGAUGGGAGAUGAGACUUACCCUCUAGCCAGGCAUGAUGAUGGUUUACUGGAAGUUGUUGGAGUAUAUGGGUCUUUCCACUGUGCUCAGAUUCAAGUGAAACUGGCAAAUCCUUUUCGAAUAGGACAAGCACAUACAGUGCGGCUGAUCUUGAAGUGCUCGAUGAUGCCGAUGCAGGUAGAUGGGGAGCCAUGGGCCCAGGGGCCCUGCACUGUCACCAUAACCCACAAGACACACGCGCUGAUGUUAUAUUUCUCUGGAGAACAAACAGAUGACGACAUCUCUAGUACUUCAGAUCCAGAGGACACAAAGGAAACUGAGUAGGUGGAGGAGGAAAAGAGAGCUUAGUGUAGAAUCCUCACAAGCGAGUAGUUACACAUUCAUCCAAAAUAGAACUCUGUCAGCUGGUUUAGUCUUCAUUUCAUCAGUAGUGUAAUGGGUAUACAUUUAUGUAAAUAGCAUUCCAAAAUCAGCCAGAGCUCCGGUUGCUUCCAAAUGCCUGGUCUUUUUUCAGCAAACUCUUUGAUCAUGUAGCACUAACUACAAGUCCCAGGACAUUCCCUGAAGGCUCUGUGUUUGAGAGUUGGCUCGCUGAAGUGUGCACUCGUUCCUUAUUCUUGAGCCACACAGUUGAUGGACACGUACAUGCAACAAGAUGUGGGUGGGAAAAUCAUUUCCAUCUUAAUUUUUACUGUGGUGACACCAUAACGUUUUAAAAAUUACUUGCGUUUUUGAAAGGAUAUAGUUGGUGUCAAACUGGCAUGGUUCAUGCUGGACAUCCUCCCCACAGCAUGCCUCUUAAGAUUUCCUACAGCCCAGCACCAGGUGGAUCCAUAAAGAUCUGUUUCCAGGAACCCCAAAAGGAGACAUGGAAAAGGAAGACAACACUCAGAUUUUUUAUUUUAAAUUUCAUUUUAGGAACAUUUUCAGACCCCCUAAUGUUGUUUGGUUAACUCUGUUAACGACCAAGUUGAGCUGAAAUUCAGCAUCUUGUUUUAUCCCAGUGUAGCCAAAAGAGAACCACCUAGGUGAAUUGCAAAAUUAACAUUCAGAGCACUUUGGACUGGAAGUUACAGGUUUUGGAACUUCCCUCGUGGUCCAGUGGUUAAGACUCCAUGCUUCCAUUGCAGGGGGAGUGGCCAAAAAAAGAAAAGAAAAGAAAAAGAAAGUUACAGGUUUAAAGCUGGAUGGUUCACCGACUUCUCUUUUGAUUAAAAGACAGUGUCAACAAUUGAAAAAAAUGUACUAAAGAAAAUUUACCAGUCAGAUUAACUGCCCAAAAAUGUUCAGUGUUAAUUGAUAAGUUUUAAAAAUUUAGUGGUCUGGUAGUAUUUUGAAAUAUAGUAGUCUUUUAUAUCCAAAGUACUUAACAGAAUUUCCCCUUGGGGAAGUGGAUAUGGAAUCCUCUGCUAAAAUGUUUAUAUCAUAUUUAUUUUAAAAUGAGAGAUAUAUAUUUUUUUACUUAUUUAUUUUCUUCAUUGUCGUAUACCUGUGUUUAGUGUUUACAAUAUAUUGCUUUAUUUAAUAAGUUAAAUUGAUCACAUGAAUUCUGCUACUCACAAUCAGAAGUGUAGCCUAAGUAAUAGUUGAAACCCAUAAUUUAAUUCUCGUGACAGAUAUAUUAUGUAGAUAUUCUCAUUCUUCAGAAAUAUGCCGAGGGUGCCCCUCUGCUGCUCCCCAACCUACUCCCUCAGGUCCUGCCGUGGGGCCGCCCCACGGGGCCUCCAGCCUGGUGUUUUAGGACAAAUGGCCCAUUUGUGGGCUUGGUGGUCUUUUAUGACAUUAAUCUCUGAAGGAUUGGGAUGUAUGCCCCCAAACACCGUUAGCUCCCCUUAAGGGUCUAUUAUGAAUCUGUCAUCUAUUAUGAAUUGCCAGAAACUUAAAUUUCAGUCACCUUCAGGCCCAGGCCAUGUCUUGAAGGAACAACUAAGUAGUGUAUACAGUAGUCAGUACAUUACAUCAGAAUGCUUUUAUUUUGCUUAAAUUAACCUCUUCCAGGUCUCAGUGGGAGCAGCUGAAUUCUAGUAUUCUUAAGAUUUUGUGAGCAGAGCUGUUUCCACCUUAUUCAUAUACCAUUCAUGGUAGGUUACCUAUUGCGGUGGUGGGAGAGUUUGUAGAUUUUCUUUCAAGGGGCUGAUCAUGUUUUGAGUAUAAUGAGCUUCAUUGUUUAAUUCAUGGUCAAAAUUGUUACAGAUAUCACAUUUUACAAAUAUACUGUUAAAUUCACUUUGCUUUAGGCUAUAUUUUAUCUAUAAUUCAUAGUGCUAAUUAUAGCAUCAAAGUAAAUAAUAUGGGAUAUCAGAAUUAAAAUAAUCAAAAUAACUUAUCAUUUUUUUAAUUUUUAAAACUGUAACUAUAAUGUUACAUUUGAUUUUGAACAGAUUUAUAUACAACACCCUCAUUUAUUUAAAAACAAACUGUUUUUUCAGUUUUCAUAAUCCAGUGAAGUUUUUUCCCUGCUUUGACCCUUCACAAAGUUUACCUAUUACUGUAUUCACUCAUUCAGACUUAAUUUUUAUUUAGGAAAGUUAUUUCAGAAUACCAUAUCAUAAAACAUACUAUCUUAUUUUUUAAAAAUUCACUAACUUUUUGGGCACAUUUACUCAGCAUUUCAAAUAAAUGUGUAGGCAUGUGCCUUGUUUUAAAUAAGUACAAUUUAUAAGACUCACGUUUGCAAGUUAUAUUUUAGAGUAGCAAUUGUUGACAUUACCAGGGAUUCCACACUUUACAAAACAUCAUUUGCCACAGGAUUUUUCUGUUCCAUUUUAAACUGUCUUGAUUAAAAAAAAAAAAAAAGUAACUUCUAAAUUCUCAGGAAGAAGUGUAGUAAAGCAUGUCUUCAUGUCUGUUUUCAGGUUUCUCUCAUCUUUUACUGUUCUAAUGCAUUCCUAACUCCUCGCAAACUUAGUCACUUAAAUACUGAAUACCUGGCAGCUCUUAGGGAUCCCAUAAGUAGAUGGAGAUAAUUUUCAGUGCUUUGUUCUAUUUAAUAGAAAUCAAACUGACUUGUGUUUUAAAAUACAAGUUGUCUAAUGGUAAGAUUACAUGAUCUUAAAUGUGUUUUAGGUUUUCUGCAACAAUUAGCUGUGACCCCUUAAUGUAGCUAAUGUUUAUAAAAUUUUAUAGUCAAAAUUAUUAUUAUUUUUUUUUAGUGUGUGUCAAAAAACAUGUAGUAUAUGUUUGCCUACUUAGAGUUGGAAAAUAUACUGUGACUCAGAAAUUGUAAACAGUUCUUUUUGUGCUGUAAAAAUGAAUACUACCAGUAUGUCAAAAGAAAACUAGUGUGCAUUUGUAAUAUAAGGUAAAAUUGUAUUUAAUGUAUAUUAUGGAAUUUUAAAUUUGCGCUUACUUAGGAAACUGUAAAGGGGAUGUUAAUUUACAGAUUCUUGUGGAUCUGAAUACGUAAUUUGUAAGCUUUAUGUGGUUUUCCCCUCAAAAUGAUAACACUGAAACAAGAACCAGCACUUUAUAUUCAGACUUUUAAAAAAUUCUACCUAAUUUGGGACAAUGGAACAUAGGUAGAUUUACUUUAAAAAUCUAGAAAUUUAAAAAGAAAAAACAGUGUUGUUACUCUAUCCCAAUCUGAAUGAAAGUGUGUUCUCAGCAACAAGACAGACGAGGUGGUUUUGGUUUUGCUUUUUAGAAGUAUGCCCCUGCCUUUCUCAAAUUUUCCCUUGAAGGCUUAUCUCCUGUUUCUCCAAGUAUACUCUGCAGUCUGUCCGCAGCAUCAGAAUCACCUCAGGAGCUGGUUGACAGUGUGGCUGCCUAAGCCCAGCAACCAGCCCUUGACUUGAGGAAUUGGGGUCUCUGGAGGUGGGACCUCGGCAUCUCUGGUUUCAUUAACAGGCACCUCACGUGCUUCUGAUGCGCACUGAAAUUUUAAAGUUACUCGUCUGUACCUCGUGUGUUCACCCAGGGCUUUUGCCGGCUAGAUACUAUGCAGAAAUUUUGAAUUAAUUGGAUGUUCUUAAACGUGUUUUUCCUUCACUCCACUAACUGCUUUCUUCCCCCAAAAUCUAUCUUCUAAAGGAACUCUAUGAACAAUUGGUUCGUAUCCUAUCCAAAUUGAUAAACUCUGUUACAUAAAAAUUGGUAGCCUCAGAUUUUUCUGUGGAACUAUGGGUUCUGGGCUAUGAUCCAUGGAGUCUUGGAGGACAAGCAGUGCUUCAGGGGCCAGUGGAGUGGAGCCCACUGGGGCUUCUGCUUUCUCCCCACGCCGGGGUGCUGCUUCAGAUCAGAUUUCAGUAGAUAAAACACUUCCUUUUUUUAAGAAAAUAGUUUCCACUAUUUUCUUUCAAAGAGUUUGGAAGCCACUAUAAUGACUCUGUCACCUGGUUAAUUUUCUACUGAUUUUUACAUAUUCAGAAACCAUGUUUUUUUGUAAAAAGAGUAUUUUGGAUGUCUCAGUUGCUGCCUGGAAUAUGGCCACUUGGAAUAUGGCUAUUUCACAGAUUUUGAAGGCAUUUUGUUGAAUAGUAAAGCACUGACUUAGCCUCUGUUCCUUGUACUUCUAAUUUUAGUAAAGUAUAGAAAUGGUCUGUGUAUUUAAUUUUAGUUAUGUAAGUACACACACACACACACACACACACACACACACACACACACACAUUUACCCCCAUGGCCCUGACUGUGCAGUCAGUGCAUGAGGCCCACAGGUCUCAAAAAGGUUCAUUCUAAGGUUCUGGAGAAAGAAUCACAAAAUGUCACCCGCUAAUACAGAAGUUCACAAAACUUAAAUGAUUGAGGCUAGUCACCUACAGAAAUGUCUGCAGAAACUAAGUCACCUAGAAGCUAUAAAUUGAAGUGUACUGCUGAUAGUAGACCUAGGACACUUCAGUCUCUGCAAAGAUGCCCUGAGCUACCUCACCGAUAAAGGAAGUGUCAAAGCAGAAUGCGCCUUACAAGAUAAACUAUAGGAAAUUGCCAUCACGUGGUACUUUUUGAUGACUGACUCGGAAUGUGGAAAAGAGAGCUGGAAAGUUAGAUUGCUUUCCUUGUUCCUCUAACAUUGUCCAGGCGAAGGGACAACCUGACUGGAUGAGAAGAUUGGGCUAUCUGAGCAGAUUCCUAGAGUAAGGAAGGGCGCUUUGUGUACUUGGGUGACAGUGGCUCCUAAGAACUUUUGUUCUCAUUACUCCAGUUCUGGGCUCUGCCAGCAGUCUUCUUCUCAAAUUUGAUCAGCUUGAACGAGCCCAGCACAUAAAUCGGCGCUCUGGUUUUAGUUCUGUUUUGUGCAAGUUUAGAGCAGCCAGAUCCUUGGCCCUGAUCACCUGCAGGUGAACUGACUGGAUCGGCUCUGUGAACCCACAGUGUCAAGGACGCUUGUGACGGGUCCGCUUGAGCAGCCAGCUGGCCUCAUAUACUUUCUCCCCCCUUGGCCUCAGUACUAUGUCCCUAUCACUAAUUACCCUGUGUUAACUGCUUUUGUUGUGUUGGGUCUGUAUUGUGGUCAAUGCCUACAGACAGAGAAAUGUGAAUUAAAGCAUUUGAUACAUUGAUGAUGUUUGCUUGUUUUUUAAUAAAAUUAAAGUGCAGCACUUGAAAAGUA